AGGACUUGAUGCAUCAUUAGAUUCAUUGGUGAUCAUAAGCAUUACCAAAAACUCACUCUGUAUCUUUCUUUUUUCAAAAACUAAAAAUGACACUAUGGGGCAAAUUAGAGGCACAGUUUGAAAUCGAUGCUCCUGCAGAUCAGUUUCAUGAUGUCUUCAGUUGCCGACCACACCAUAUAUCCAAUAUGUCCCCUCACAAAGUUCAGGGUUAUGAUCUUCUUGAAGGUGAAUGGGGUAAGGAAGGUGCUAUUGUCUGCUGGAAAUAUUUGCAUGAUGGGUCUGCCAAAGUGGCAAAAGAGAUAGUUGAAACCAUAGAUGAUGUGAAUUUAUUAACCGUCUUCAAAGUGUUCGGAGGAGAUUUGUUGAAGGAAUAUAAGAGUUUUAAGUUGACUGUUCAAGUUACGCCUAAGGGAAAGGGCAGCGUGGUGCGCUGGACUUUAGAAUACAAGAAGAUCCAUGAGAAUAUACGAGAUCCUUACUCCUUGCUAGAGUUGAUUGUCAACUUUAGUAAGGAUGUUUCUGCUCAUCUCGUGAAAGGCCAGAAGAAAUGAUCAUAGAACAUGCUACGCUCUAAUAUGU